AUGACUAUAAUCAAGCAAUCCAACUUGAUCCUAAAUAUGUUAGAGCCUUAUUUAACAGAGGUGAAUACUAUAACACUUAAUAUAUUAGCCAUAUUAUAUGAUGAUAUUGGUGACAUAGAUAAAGCAUUAAGUGACUAUAAUCAAGCAAUCAAACUUGAUCCUAAUGAAGCAACAGCCUAUUUUAACAAAGGUGAAAACUAUUACACUUAAUAUAUUAGGAAUUUUGUAUACAAAUAUUGGUGACAAAGAUAAAGCAUUAAGUGACUAUAAUCAAGCAAUCAAACUUGAUCCUAAAUAUGUUGAUGCCUAUUUUAACAGAGGUGAAUACUAUAACACUUAAUAUAUUAGCCGUAUUAUAUAAUGAUAUUGGUGACAAAGAUAAAGCAUUAAGUGACUAUAAUCAAGCAAUCAAACUUGAUCCUAAAUAUGUUGAUGCCUAUUUUAACAGAGGUGAAUACUAUAACACUUAAUAUAUUAGCCGUAUUAUAUAAUGAUAUUGGUGACAAAGAUAAAGCAUUAAGUGACUAUAAUCAAGCAAUCAAACUUGAUCCUAAAUAUGUUGAUGCCUAUUUUAACAGAGGUGAAUACUAUAACACUUAAUAUAUUAGCCAUAUUAUAUAAUGAUAUUGGUGACAAAGAUAAAGCAUUAAGUGACUAUAAUCAAGCAAUCAAACUUGAUCCUAAAUAUGUUGAUGCCUAUUUUAACAGAGGUGAAUACUAUAACACUUAAUAUAUUAGCCAUAUUAUAUGAUGAUAUUGGUGACAAAGAUAAAGCAUUAAGUGACUAUAAUCAAGCAAUCAAACUUGAUCCUAAAUAUGUUGAUGCAUAUUUUAACAGAGGUGAAUACUAUAACACUUAAUAUAUUAGCCAUAUUAUAUAAUGAUAUUGGUGAUAAAGAUAAAGCAUUAAGUGACUAUAAUCAAGCAAUCCAACUUGAUCCUAAAUUAGUUAGAGCCUUAAUUAACAGAGGUGAAUACUAUAACACUUAAUAUAUUAGCCAUAUUGUAUUAAGCAAUUGGUGA